GUGCUUGCUCAUCACUCAGUUUAAUAUUCAAAUUUAUCGAACUAUAAACUUUUAGACCGUGUUUGUUAAGAGAACAUAUAUAUGGUCACCUUGUUCCCGACAAUGGCACCGUACCAAAACCAGAAACCAAAAAUGCCACUCUCUCCCUCUAGGGUUUUGUUGGUUUGAAGACAGACGGGUUUAGCUAUCGUCAUCUUCCAAUUGCUUCGUGGCACUCGUCGGCGUUCGUCAUAUUCGCCGAAAGAAUCAUCGGAUUCUGAUAGUUUGGUUUCACUGCCAUAGACGAGUUAGAUGGACUACAGUUCUGAUGAAGAUUCGGACAUAAGUGAAUCGGAGAUAGAUGAUUACAAAGAGAAACCUUAUGACCAACUGAGAGCUGGCAACUACAAAGUAAAGAGUGCAAAUGGCACCCUUAGGUGCCCCUUCUGUGCUGGAAAGAAGAAACAAGAUUACAAGUACAAGGAGCUUUUUCAACAUGCUUCAGGAGUGGGCAAAGGUUCCUCGAACAGAACCGCAAAACAAAAGGCGAACCACCUUGCACUCGCCAAAUUCUUGGAGAUGGACCUUGCAAAUGAGGCUGAGGAACCCCAGCAUGCGACUAGACCACCACCUUCAGCUCAAAGCUCUGAUCAGAAUGACCUAUACUGCUGGCCUUGGACUGGAAUUGUGAUGAAUAUAGUGAAUGAGCCAAAGAAUGAAAAACAUUUGGGUGACAGUGAAGAUUGGUUGAAAAAGUUCUCUAAAUAUAAACCUCUAGAAGUAGAGCUUUUCUGGGAUGACCAGCACCAAACUGCCCAAGCUGUUGUGAAAUUUGAUAGCGAUUGGACUGGUUUCAAGAAUGCCAUGGAAUUUGAGAAAUUUUUUGAGUCUGACCACCACAGCAAAAAGGAAUGGAAUGCUCAGAAAAAUCUUCCUGGUUCACAUAUUUAUGGAUGGUUUGCUCGUGAGGAUGACUAUAGUUCGGAAGGGCCAGUGGGAAAUUAUCUUCGUAAGAAAGGAGAGGUUAAAACAAUCUCUAACCUUGUUCGAGAAGCGACUCGGGAUAGAAACAAAACGGUGGCAAACCUAGCCAUUGAGAUAGAUAUGAAAAAUGAAAAUCUGAAUGAAUUACAGUACCAGUACAAUGAGAAGACCAUGUCGCUAAGUAGGAUGCUUGUGGAGAAAGACAUGCUACAUGUUGCUUUCUACGAAGAAUCAAGGAAGAUGCAGCGUCUAGCACGAGAGCAUGUUAAAAGGGUUUUGGAUGAGCAGGAGAUGCUGAACUAUCAGUUGGAUAAGAAGAAAAAAGACCUUGAUUCUUGGAGCAAAGAGCUGAACAAACGUGAGGUACUAACUGAACGUGAGAGACAGAAACUUGAUGACGAGAAGAAAAAGAACACUGUGAGAAACAAUUCACUUCAAAUGGCUUCCAUGGAGCAGAAAAUAGCUGAUGAGAAUGUCUUAAGGCUGGUUGAAGAGCAAAAGAGGGAGAAAGAAGAGGCUUUAAAGAAGAUACUUAACUUAGAGAAACAACUAGAUGCUAAACAGAAAUUGGAGAUGGAAAUUGAAGAGCUGAAAGGGAAACUACAGGUGAUGAAGCAUCUAGGAGAUGAAGAUGAUGCUGCUGUUCAAAAAAAGAUGAAAGAGAUGACUGAAGAACUGGAACAAAAAAUUGAUGAAAUGGGCGAUUUGGAGUCUUUAAAUCAAACUCUCAUUGUCAAAGAGCGCAAAAGUAACGAUGAGCUGCAAGAAGCUCGUAAAGAAUUGAUUUCAGGCUUGAGCGAUAUGUUGAGCACUGGUCGCAACACUCUUAUUGGGAUAAAGAGAAUGGGAGAAAUUGAUGUAAAGCCCUUUCAGAAUACAUGCAGACUAAGAUUCCCGCUUGAAGAAGCACAAGUCAAGGCCUCGGAACAAUGCUCCCUGUGGCAGGAGAGACUGAAAAAACCAGAAUGGCAUCCAUUUAAAAUAGUUGUCGUCGAAGGAAAACCUGAGGAAGUGAUAAAUGAGGAUGAUGAGAUGCUGCAAAAUCUGGAGGAAUGGGGAGAUGAAAUAUAUGAGGCCAUCACUACAGCCUUAAAAGAAAUCAAUGAGUAUAAUCCAAGUGGGAGGUAUGUGGUGCCUGAGCUGUGGAACUUCAAAGAAAAAAGGAAAGCAACAUUGAAGGAAGUCAUUAGUUAUAUCUUGAAGAAUUUGAAGAUACUUAAGCGCAAGAGAUUAUGAGAUUAAGGUGGUGCAGGAAAAGGCUGGAGACGGAAGUUCUAUAAAGCGGGAGGAGCUUGUAGAAAUUUGAAGUGAUGAAAUGAGAAUUUGGGUGAAAUUUCUUCCUAGGUGUAUAUUUCAUGCCACCUUUCUUUUUUGGUGAGUGUAUGCCAUCAGAACUUGUUAAAACUCCAUUAUAAGAUUAACAUUUCAAUUUUCCAGUGCAGUCACUUGGAAUGCCCUGAAAAUCGGAUUGGUUUCUAUUAAUGAAGUUCUCAUCUUG